UUUUUUUUCUUGUCCGUAAAUGUCCGUCAUUACUGUGAAGUUUUGCUACGCAUAGAAACUAUUUUAUUAGCAAAUGAUCUAAAUAAUACAUGCAAAUAUAUACAAUAAAGAUUAAUACAUUAAAUAUUUGAAAAUGGACGAACGAAAAUUUUUGAUACAUCGUCAAGUAUACACUGAAGAAGUACUAAAUCAUUUUCGAAAAAAUUCUAUGGAAAAUCAAUGCAGUAUUGAUGUUAGAAUUCGACUUUACAAAUUUUUAAAAAAUAUUAAAAAGCGAAUAAAUUGGAGGAAUGCUCUUAAAUUUAUUUUUUCAUUUUUUCCUGUACUAACAUGGCUACCAAAAUAUGAUAUAAGGAAAGAUUUAUCUAAAGAUUUAUCAUCUGGAUUAACCCUUGGAGUUUUACAAGUUCCUCAAGGUUUAGCUUAUGCCAUGCUUUCAACUCUUCCAGCUGUCUAUGGGCUGUACACCUCCUUUACUCCAUCAAUAGUUUAUUUUAUUAUGGGUUCUUCUAGGCAUCUUUGCAUUGGAACAUUCGCUGUCACUUCACUAAUGGUUGGAAAAGUAGUACAAAAACAAAUGGUGUUAGCCUCGUAUAGUAAUGUCACAGCUGGUUUAAGUAAUUCAACCAGUGCUGAAAAUGAUAUAAAUCUUAGACUUCAAUAUGCUGUUACUGUUUCUUUUUUUGUUGGUAUUUUACAGAUUACAUUAGCAAUGCUUCGUUUUGAUAUCAUCACUUCAUAUCUGUCUGAUCCUUUGAUUAGUGGUUAUACUACAGGUGCUGCCUGUCAUGUUUUUAGCAGUCAACUAAAGCAUAUGUUAGGUAUGGAAAUAUCUGCAGAUCAAACUCAAGGGCUUUUUAGUUUAUUUAAGUUAUAUUACUAUGUUAGUGCACAUAUCAAGCUGAUCAAAUUACCUGUUCUGUUGCUUGGAACCAUUUGUGUUAUUAUCCUUUUAUUAACAAAAUUUGUUAGUGACAAAUUUAAGUUGAAGAUUCCCAUACCUGCAGAGCUCAUAUUGGUCAUAUUAGGAACCAGUCUUUCGUAUGCAUUUAAGUUUGAAACUAAGUUUCAAAUUCCAAUUCUUAAGAAUGUACCAAAGGGAUUUCCUCCACUUACCAUGCCAUUGUUUUCUAUGAUGGGUGACAUAAUAUUAGACUGUUUUAUUAUUGCUGUUGUUUCAUUUGCUAUUAAUAUAUCUAUUGCAAAAGCAUUUGCAAAGAAGCAGAACUGUUCAUUGUCUCCUAAUCAGGAACUUUAUGCAUAUGGUGUGGUUAAUAUAGUUGGAAGCUUUUUCUCAUGUUUUUAUGCAUCUGGUUCGCUUUCACGAUCUGCAAUACAAUAUAGUCUUGGAAGUACUCAGCUUGCAAACUUAAUUUCUUCACUUGUUGUGCUGUUGGCCAUGGUUGUACUUGCUUCAUACUUCCAACCCCUACCUAAUGCAAUUCUUGCGGCUAUAGUUUGGGUUGCAUUAAAAGGUAUUUUCAAACAGGUUUAUGAUGUAAAGUUGUUAUGGAAGGUUUCAAAAGUAGAUGCAUUCAUUUGGAUUUCUUCUUUUGUUGCUGUUGUUUGCUUCGAUGUGGAUAUAGGGCUUGCUAUUGCAAUUGGUAUUAAUAUUACUCUCUCAGUAAUUAGAGCAUCUAGACCUUCGUAUGCAUUGCUUCAAAAUUUUAAAGAAACAGAAAUCUACAUUGCUUCAUCUGGCAAGACGUUCGAUAAUAUUCCCGGAGUGAAAAUAUUCCAGUAUCGAGCACCACUUUUCUAUGCUAAUGUAGAACAUUUUCAAAACAGUCUUUACAAAAGUACUAUACACCCAAAUUUUUGCACUGUUGUCUCACAUGAUUCUACAAAUUGGAUUGAAUCAAAUUGUGAUAAUGAAUAUUUUAAAGACUACCCAGAUGAAAAUCCUAAAAAACUUUUGAUCCCAGAAAAUUCAUCUGAUGAAUUUGUCAGUCUUUUGCCGACUAAAGAAAAGUUGUUAAAACGUUCAGUUCAUACAAUAAUAAUAGACUGUUCACAAAUUUCAUAUAUUGAUAGUAUGGGCCUUAAUAUUUUAUUAACUAUAUCACGUGACUUCAAACAGGUUGGAGUUGAUUUCUUUAUAUGUAAUUGUCAAGGUAAUGUGCUUGAAACGCUAGAAAAUGGCGGCUAUAUAAAUGAAAACGGAUUGGCAAGUAUUUUUGUUACUGUCCAUGAUGCCGUACAAACUGCUAUUGCUAAAGAGCAUGUUAAUCUCGCUUGUAAACCAACUGAUAUUUUGCUUGUGGAAGAACCCAGAGUUUAAUUUCACUUGAUAUUCCGCUUAUGGAAGGAGCCAGAGUUAACUCUUUGGUGAUACUAAUUUCGCAUCUAGAUUUUCACUAGAUCAUAAAGUUGUAACAUAAAAAGUUUAUUUUUUCAAAUUUUUUAUAUAUUGCUGUCUUUAUUUUGUUUAUGUUUUUCUUUUAUGUGUUUUGCCUUUAUAAUUACAAGUUUUUUAUAAGUUUUUUUUCUUCGUAUUUUCAAAUCUUUACCUAUUUUCAAUUCUAGUUAAAGUUGAGUUUUUUUUAUAUCAGGCUCAUCAUUAUUUAUUACGUUAACUACGUCAGCGGUGAUUAACCUUUUAAACUGUGUCAGCGGUCUUUUAAACUGCGGUCGACCUUUUGACUGCGUCAGCGGUCAUUAACUUUUUAAACUGAAUUUUAUUAAAUUAUAAAGUUUAAUUAAAGUAAUAUAUAGUUUUAAAUUAUUCUAUAUUUAUUUUGUAAUAAUUUGUUAAAAUAAAGUCACAUUGAGUCAAA